AUGUUCAAACGUUCUAGGAUACUGUAUGGUUCCACGCUACUGAUCUGCAUUUGGGUGCUUUUCUUUCUGAUAAAUCCUCUGCGCCCAGAAACAGUUAUACAAGGAUCAAAAUAUAAUAAUAAAGAUGAUACUAAGUUAUCGGAUGCCGUAAAACCUGCAUUACCUGCGCAAAACAUAUCUACAAUACAUGUGGCACCAGCACAACGCGACGAAAUGUUUUGUGCUAUUAUAAAUCCCUCGACAGGCAGCUACGUGGAUUUAUCUCAGUUAUCAAACACACCGAACACCCCAAAAAUUCGCCAACAGAGCAGAGUUAAUAAGAGUCCUGCAAGCUGGCUCGUAAGAGGCUGGCAGUACGGAUACAACUUCACUCUUUCGAUCUGCUCGUCGCCCAUUAAUGACUCAAGCUCUUUUAACACCACCGGGGCCUACUAUAUGGACAAUGACGAAAUGAUCUCAAUCGGAAAAUAUAACACAACACCUGCAUACACAGGCAAGAAGCUUACUCUCGCUUACACCGAUGGCGAUCUCUGUCCCAAUGGAAUUGACCACAAAGCAUCGCUCUUGAACUUCGUGUGUGAUCGUGACAUCCAGACAAAGGCACAGGUAAACUUCGUCGGUGCGAUCAACAAUUGCUCCUACUUUUUCGAAGUCCUCAGCAUCCACGCCUGCCCUACCUCCUAUAAGAAGAACGACAUCAAUGUACUUGGUAUCUUCGCUGGCAUCUUGCUUGUCUUCUUUGCGGUGGAGUACGGCCGUCGUUGGUUUUACAGGCGUAUGAGUGGCCGCCUGAGACGCAUCCCAAACGACUACCUCGCCAUUCCAGAAAGCGCUCGUCCCCGCUGGGCUGCUGUUGACAGCGAACCCAGUUGGCGCACCUUCUUACGUUCGUGUUUCGCGCGCGCCAGCGAACCUCACACCCUUAUAAAUCUAAACACCGCCAAUCAGCCACACGAGGCUCCCGGAGGCGCCACUCGCCAGAGUUCUGUUCCCAGCAGCUCUUCCCUCUUCCGCGAGAUCGAAGCCCAGAACAACCUUCUUGACAGCCUCGAGGUCCAGAGCAGCGACAGCUAA